AUGAAAAACAAUUCCAAAGACUAUUUGGCUUCACAGGCUGGUUAUUCGCUGAUGAAUAGCGUCCCGUCUCUGUCUAAAAAGGGUGCAGACGAAAGAGUUUUUUCAUCUAAAGCCGAAUCACUCAAGCGGAUGAGACUGGAUAAAUCGGAAAGUUACCGCACAGGUGUAUCGCAGCAUCUCAAAGCUUCAUUUGAAAUAGCUUCUAAGAUAGCAGGGCAAAAGAAACCUCAUAUUAUCGGUGGUGAAUUAAUAAAACCAUGUAUCCUAAAAGCCACGCAGAUAAUUUUAGAAGAUGCAGAGCAAAAAAUAAAGUCUAUUUCUCUUUCAAAUAACACAGUCAAGCGUAGAAUCGAAGAUAUUGCAGCAGACAUAAAGUCAUAA